CUAACUAACCCACCGUGUGACUCUUUCUCCCACGCGCUCUAUAUCUAACGGCAAUCAAAUUAUUUAUAAAUUUGAACCAACAAUUCUGGAAUUUUGAAUUUUCUUCCAUCAAUCGAUCAAAUUCACUCAAUCGCACACGUUAAUCUGAACAAAGUCAACUUCAAAUUCACUAGAUGAUCGUUUGAUUUCCGAUCAUCAUCGUUGUUCGAUCGUAAUUUCAGUAUGUUUCGGCUAAUUCAUGCAUAAAAAAGGUUUGAUGUUCGUUUGAUUUUCAAUCAUCGUUGACUCAUUGUUCGUUCGUAAUUUCAGUAUGUUUCGGCCAAUUCGUGCAUAAAAGGUUGAGCUUCAAUUUAAAUCCAACAGACAUGAGUUGUAGGUGCUUCGGUUCACGUGUGCAAAAGAAAGAGACGAGUAGUCAUAGAGAAUUGGAAGGUUAUUCUCUUGAUAACAUAAGGAAUUUUUCAUAUAAAGAAUUACAGCUAGCAACACAUAACUUUGACCGAAGUACCAAGAUAGGGCGAGGAGGUUUUGGAGUGGUUUACAAGGGAAUCCUCAAAGAUGGAACACAAGUAGCAGUAAAGACACUUUGUGCUGAAUCAAAGCAGGGGGUUCGUGAAUUUUUAGCAGAAAUCAAUACGAUAUCAAAUGUCAGACAUCGAAACCUCGUUGAGUUAAUUGGAUGUUGUGUCGAAGGAACUCAUCGUAUUCUAGUCUAUGAAUUUGUAGAAAAUAACAGCCUUGACCAUGCAAUAUUAGGUAAAAAAAGUAAUGCUAUAGAGCUCAACUGGGAAAAAAGAUCUAAAAUUUGCAUUGGUACAGCACGGGGACUUGCAUAUCUACAUGAAGAACUGAAGCCACAUAUUGUGCAUAGAGAUAUUAAAGCUAGUAACAUACUUCUUGACAAGAAUUUCGCUCCAAAAAUUGGAGAUUUUGGAUUGGCAAAACUUUUCCCUGAUAGCAUCACUCAUAUAAGCACAAAACUAGCAGGAACAACUGGUUAUUUGGCCCCUGAAUAUGUAUUGGGUGGUCAGUUAACAUUGAAAGCUGAUGUUUAUAGCUUCGGGGUGCUGGUUCUUGAGACAAUAAGUGGCAAAAGUAGCUCAUUAUCAAGCUGGGGUACAACUCAGAAAGUUCUAUUGGAAUGGGCAUGGGAGCUCUACCAAGAGGGCAAACUUCUAGAACUCGUGGACCACGAUCUUAAAACAUAUCCUAAGGAUGAUGUCACCAAGUACAUAAAAGUAGCCUUUUUUUGUACUCAAGCAACCGCAAACCGAAGGCCAAGUAUGAGCCAAGUUGUCGAGAUGCUGUCAAGAAACGUCAAACUUAACGAAAAAGAACUCACACCACCAGGAUUUUACCAGGAUUCUAACGAAAACAAGAAAGCAUCGGAUGCUUCCACGAGCCACCAAAUAAGUUCUUUCCCGCCCACAAUCACAGAAGUAACGCCUAGAUGAAUUCAACAUGAUGGAUUGUUUCUAUAGGAUUCUAGUAUACUAUAUGUACUGCUUAACGGUACAAAGAUAAUAGUUGGUACUAUUUAUAAGCUGAAUGCAUAUAGAGUAAUAGAAGUUAGUUAAGACGGGAUAACUGUCAUUUGCGACCGAUGGUCAGGCAAACCCGGAGGUGGUUGGCAUAGAGAUCUAGAUUCGGGACAUUGAAUUAUUUAGGGAGAUUUGAGUUGAUUAUGGUAACAUUUUGUGUAAAGACAUUGGGAUUUUAUGGUAUAGACAAGAUUUAUUAUUUUC